AUGAUGAGCCAACACCGUCACUCGCUUCUCCCCUUCAUGGGUUUAGCGGGCAUGGUACUCAACGGCGCCUAUGCUUCGGCACCAGUGAGAGACCUUUGCCCGAUAACCUGUCUGGAGGCCGGUGCUGACCCGGCUAACUGGACUGUGAUUGCCGAGUUCAGCCAGCUUCAGGCUUGCCAGAGGCCUAUGGUACUCGACUUUUCAGUCAAUGUCCCUGUUACCGAUAAGCAGCAAAUCCGGGUCUGUAACGUAUUUAUAAACGACUUUGAUAGCCCAGCUAUCAUGAACCUGGCCUUGUCCUCCACAGACAACGAUACUGAGACUAGGCAAGUUGUGCCUCAACUGGCUUGGACUCCCGCCGCAUCCGAGGAUGACAUUGGGGGUAGGCUCGUCACCCAGAGUGUAGAGCACCUUAAGAGUUAUCUUUCGAACGUCGGUCAAACCUCAGAUCGAUUGAUGCUAUUCGGAACCGUCUCAGACACCACUGUUGGUGUCUACGUUGGCGCCAAUCUCCUGAGAUCUAGCGUUUCAGGAGACCUCUUCACCUCCUUCUUGAACAACCUUUACAGCACUGGAAUUGCCGACUCUAAAUCCGCUCUAGUUCAGGUGUGCAAUGGCUACGCCGGAAACGAUAUAUUUGGCCUCAUCGCUGCCUCUAGUGCUGACUUCUCCGCCGUUCACAAUGCCGUUGGCCAGUGGUCGAACGGAUCUUGCGUUGACACCUCUUCAUACGCAGAAACCAGAGUGCUUGAAACCACUUCAAUCAGCUUCUUCAAGCCAGAGAUAGCACCCAACCCUCGAAACGGAACAGCGGCUGGAAACUCAACCGUGGCCGUCAGGGGUUUACUUCAGGCGCGCGCCGAAUGUCGGACCGUGACGGUCGACGAUGGCGACGACUGUGGCAAGCUCGUAACAAGAUGCGGUGGCGGAUUGACCGCGGCAGACUUCUACAAGUUCAACCCAAACUCCAAGCUCUGCUCGACGCUGCAGCCCGGUCAGCGCGUCUGCUGUACUGCUGGUGAACUGCCCGAUAUCCGGCCUAAGCAGAAUGCAGACGGGUCGUGUUACAAAUAUCAGAUCAAGAAGGGCGACUUCUGUAACAAGGUUGCUGUAGCUAACGGACUGACGGUUCAGGAGCUUGAAGACUUGAAUAAGGAGACUUGGGGUUGGGGCGGAUGCGACAACGGCUUCUGGCCUGACAACUGGAUUUGUCUCAGCAAGGGCACGCCGCCUUUCCCGUCCCCUAUUCCCAACGCAGAUUGUGGUCCCCAGAAACCUGGGACAGUACAGCCUAGCGGGUCAACAUCGAGGGACUGGGCCAAACUUAACCCGUGUCCUUUGAAUUCGUGCUGUAAUAUUUGGGGACAAUGUGGUACGACUACCGACUUCUGCGUCGAUACGAACACCGGUCCUCCAGGCACAGCCAAGAAGGAUACCUUUGGCUGCAUUUCAAACUGCGGCAUGUCGAUUAUCCAAAGCGGUCCUCCGGCACAAUUCAUAAAACUUGGUUACUUCGAGGGCUUCAACUUAGGCAGCAGAGACUGUUUGAACAUGGACGCCUCUCAGAUUGAUCCUUCUUACACCCACGUUCACUUCGCAUUCGGCAUGAUCAACGACAAAUUCGAGAUUUACCAGGAGAAUGCAUACGCCGAGUUCCAAUUCCAGCAGUUUAAGAAACUCAAGGGCCCGAAGCGAAUUAUCUCGUUCGGCGGCUGGGUCUUCUCUGCUGAAGCCCCUAACUAUCCCAUCUUCAGGAACGGCGUCAAGGCCGAAAACCGUAACAAACUUGCCGACAAUCUUGUCAAGUACGUUGUCGAUAAUGGCCUUGACGGUCUCGAUCUUGAUUGGGAAUAUCCCUCUGCACCUGAUCUACCUGACAUCCCCAAGGGAGAUCUCUCGGAAGCCACAGAUUACCUCCGUCUUCUGGCCCUCAUUAGGUCUAAACUUCCUAAGGACAAGAGUCUGUCUAUUGCCGCGCCCGCCUCUUUCUGGUAUCUGAAGCAGUUUCCUAUUAAAGCUAUUUCAGAAUUACUAGACUACAUCGUCUACAUGACCUACGAUCUCCACGGUCAGUGGGAUGCAGGUAACAAGUGGGCAAGCACUGGCUGCCCAAGCGGAAAUUGCCUGCGAAGUCACAUCAACCGGACUGAGACAAUGAGUGCCCUGACUAUGAUCACCAAGGCUGGUGUACCGUCCAACAAAGUUCUCGUCGGCGUGAGCAGUUAUGGCAGAAGUUUCCAAAUGGCUGACCCAUCUUGCACUGGUCCCAACUGCCUGUUUACAGGCGAUAGGAAGACUUCGUUUGCCCGCAAGGGUAGAUGUACGCAGACUGGAGGCUACAUUGCUAAUGCGGAGAUUGAUGAAAUUGGAGGACGCUCGUGGAUUGACUCUGAGAGCAACUCAAAAAUCAUGGUUGAUGGAGAUCUUUGGGUGUCGUACAUGGACGACAGCCUGAAGGACACCCGCACACAGCUCUACAAACGAUAUAACAUGGGUGGCACAAUCGACUGGGCUGUAGAUCUUGUCAAAUUUCACGAACCUCCCAACUUCGGUGCAGGUGGUGGCGUUGGUGGCGGCGUCGGCUUCAGCUGGGCCGUGGUCAAGAAACAGAUCAUGGAUGGCAGCGAUGCCGGUCAAAUCGGUUGCGAUGCCGCGAGGUUAGUCCGCACUGGUACAUGGGUCAAACAUCAGUGCAACACGAAAAUAGUCGCAGCGGCAUCUGACUAUACGCCUUCGUACCGGUGGAAGGAGAUGGAGUGCCAGAGUGGCUGGGAGGAUGCCGUCCGCGUGUGGAAGGCGUGCCAUGCUGAUGGCAAAAAGGGCUAUGACUUUUCCGAAAGUAUCGCCGAGUUCCUUCAUAUAUCCUCGAACCGGAGAUGUGGCGACCUAUCUAUAGAGAGCAACUGCGACGACUCCGCAGAUUGCGAAGCUCAUAAUACGGAACACGAUCUGGACCAAUUCAAGACGGGUGCUUGCACGUAUGAGAUCUGGAACUCGCUCACUGAACUUCACAGAAUGAUUAAAAACUAUUACUACUCCCUGAUCAAUGCCGGAAAUGAGCUUAAAAGCAGCCACCAAACCUUCAUUAAUACCUUUGCCCCGAAGCCAAACGACGGAACAGAGAUUCUUAAUCUCUUUCUGACCUUAAUUCCAAUCCCCCUGAACACAGCAGCUGCCCGUUUCUUUGGAAGCUCGUUCAUGGCCACGAAGUUCUUCGCUGGAGACACCGGUGGCAAGGCCUCCAUGUGGGAAGCCGCAACCUCCAACAUGGUUAAUGCCGGGUCGUCUAUUGCUAAAGACGCACUUAGCAAGGCCUCUGCUGCUCGCGAGGAGAUAUCCUUCAAAGCCAUCUACGACGACUUGAUCGGGAACUGGAAAGAACAAACUGACCGGCUUAACAAGGACAUCUUCAGCGGUACCAGUGACAGUAUCAAGGCGUUGAACAGCAUCAUCUCGGGCGGCAAAAUGAUUGCUGGAAUGAAGGAGGGCACUGGGGACACCAGCAACUACACAAAUAACUGGAUUCGAGAGGCGAACAUCCAGCGGGCAUUCUACGCAGCCGCUAUCCCAGCAGCAUGGGGCGCUAACCGUCCCGCGCCUGUUGUGGUUGACUUCGGUCCCAGCUGCCAGAUCGACGCACGAAAGUACUUCGCCGAGAAGCCCGAUGUUUACAACUCGGGCUGGAGGUGCCCUGACGGGCACUCAUACAUCCUUGCCGGUGUCCGCGAUGGGCCCCAAAACCCUUGCGGGCCUGUUGUCCCUGGUGGCAGCGGCUGUACGCCGACCUUCAAAUGGACACUCGACAUCCUGAAGGGCAUUGACCAGCUCCAGAAAGAUACGAAUAAAUGGGGAGGCGUUACGGUAGAUGACCUCAUUAUCGGCGCCGUCAAUACGUAUGUCAAAAACGGCCACAAAAACGUCAUGGACCCAAAGACAGGGACGCCCGAUGCUUCAGACAAAUCCGUCAUGGGUGAGUAUGAAGGAAGCAGGCUGGACAUUCGGAGAGGCGGCCUCAUCCGCAUUCCUGUUUGCAGUGCGGAAGAAGCAACGAAGAACCUCAACAAGGGCCGAAAAGCUUACGGUGACUCGCCCAACUACCCUUGCAACCCGUGA